CUUUAACAGCUCGGAGGAAGUUCGCUUUUUUCCCCCCUUCGCCAUAACUUUAGUUUUUGCAGAUAAAUAAAGAGGGAAUGACAGAGUGACAUCGAUGUCUCGGUGGCGCAAGAAAGGGACACGGAGAGGCACUCUUCUUCUGCUGCUGUUCCUGGCGCUGGCACUGGGGGGCGCAGCUCUCUGCCUGGCGUCCUUUAACCUGCUGCUGACGACCACAAUCUGGGGCCACAGUCUGUGCCAGGCGCAGAUCCAACCAAACCAGGAUCUUCCUCGACAAGGACCAAAGUCGGAGCCUCAGAUUUUUUAUCAGAAUGUUUGGGAAAAACAGCAAUUUCUUUAUCAGAAAUUAAGGGAAGAGAAGGAUCGCCAUAGACGCUCAGUAAAGAGAAACAAAGAGAGAAACAAAGGAAACCGUAAAACUGCACAAACCUCAGCAGCCCACUACGAAGUGAGAUCACCCAAGGGUUCAUUACAAAUGAACGCAGACAGUAAUGGUACAAUCCGCCACUGGAUUGAAGUCCCUCUGAACUCCAGCAGCCCAGUCCAAUACGACGACAAGAGGGGGGAAUUUACCGUGAGCCGUAGAGGACUAUAUUAUGUGUACUGCCAGGUCCAUUUCAAUGAGGACCACAGCAUCUACAUCAAGCUCGAUCUCCUCCUGGACGGCUCGUUGAUCUUCCGUUGCCUGCAGGAAUUCUCCGCGACGGCCGCCAGCAUUCGUGGACCCGAGCGCAAGACCUGCGGCGUCUCCGGUCUCCUCACGCUCCCUUCUGGCUCCUCUCUCCGCGUCCGCACGCUCCCCGACGUCAGCUUGCGGGUAGAGCAUUUCCUAACCUACUUUGGGCUUUUUCAGGUCCACUGAACCUGAUACAAAAAGUUUACCCUAGUAGGGGGGGGUGGGAGCGGGCAGUAGGAUGCCCACCCCAUUCUGAACUUCUAUUACAAGUCUGGACUACAGGCACAGAACCCACCGUAAAACCGAAAUACACACGAGAAACCACGAGGACUACAGAGUCAAAAAUCCAACUCAUAGAUGAUUGAUGCCACAAUCUAUAGUUAGAACCAUCCAAGACAUUUGUUAAACCCUAAUCAGAUGAUUAUUGGCUAAAACCGGUUUGCUAAUCUAGAGCAGGAUGAGACAAUAAUACCAACCCCAACUGGAUGGGUGCCUUCACCUUUCCAAAACCAAUGAACAAACUCAGCUGCAAUGCCCGUGGUGUGUAACCCCCACGUCGUCCGAACCAGCGAGACGUAGAAAAAAUAUCACGGAAGCAAGAAAUCGGUACAGAUUCCAUGUCUACAGCAAAAGAGGAACCGAUGGAUUGGCACAUGGAUAUCUAGAAUCAAGAUACGGUGAGAUAUUGGCACAAUUUUGACAUCUAGAACCGAGAUAUGGUGAGAUAUUGGCACACAUUUCAUAUCCUGAACCAGGGACAGAGCAAGUGAUGGCCACUCAUUUCAUAUCCAGAACCAGGGAGAAAGAGAUUGGCACUCAUUUCAUAUCCAGAACCAGGGAGAAAGAGAUUGGCACUCAUUUCAUAUCCAGAACCAAA